AUGGGAGUCCUGGAAGAGAGCCACAGUCCUGGCCACGCGCCUGAAAAGGGCGGCGAGGCGCAGGAGCAACCGCAGACACCGUCGGAGUCCAACGACCUCCCCUUGCUCACCAAGACCACGGAGCGCAAGCUCAUGGCCAAGGUCGAUUGGCAUGUCGUCCCCUGCUUGUGCAUCAUGUACCUGCUUGCUUUUCUUGACCGGGUUAACAUCAGUAAUGCGGCAGUCCUAGGCAUGACCACGGAUCUGGAUAUCGCGGAAGGAACAAAAUACAACACGGCAUUGACUAUUUUCUUCGUUCCUUAUGUUAUCUUCGAAAUCCCUUCAAACAUCCUGCUCAAGAAACUGCGGCCCCAUGUUUGGUUGUCACUCUGCAUGUUCUUAUUUGGUGUUGUCACGAUCUGCCAGGGCCUAGUCACGAAUUGGGGUGGUCUAAUGACCACCCGUUGGUUUUUGGGGAUGUUUGAGACCGGCAUGUUUCCUGGGUGCUUCUAUUUGCUGGGAAUGUGGUACAAGCGCAGCGAGGCCCAGAAACGAUUCAGUUUCUUCUUUAGCUCUACCACGCUAGCUGGUGCUUUUGGCGGUGUGCUUGCCGCUGGUCUUGGAAAGAUGCACGGCGUCCGUGACCUUGCGGGAUGGCGAUGGGUAUUCAUUAUCGAAGGAUUGCUCACGUCUGUGGUCGCCAUUGUCUUGUUCUUUUUCCUCCCUGACUUCCCCGAGGAGGUCAAAUGGCUCACCGAGGAAGAGCGAGAUUUUCUCCGGGCAAAGUUGGCCAAGGAUUCUGGGAAGGCUGGAAAUGAUGCUGAUAUGGGCUGGCGCGAGGUUUUGACCGUCUUCAAAGAUCCAAAAAUCUUUAUUGGUGGUUUCAUGUACUUCGGGCAGAUUGUCACGGCUUAUGGCUAUGCUUACUUCGCACCAACCAUUAUCAAGUCUUAUAACUAUGGGCCAAUCGAAACUCAACUGUACUCGAUUCCACCUUGGGCUGGGGCGUUUGCAUUCUCGAUGUGCAUCGCAUACUUAUCCGACAAGUUUAAACACCGUUUCUUGUUCACCAUAAUUCCUAUGCUGAUUUCAAUGGCUGGCCUGGGUAUUCUCAUGAACAUACAUAACAACCGCGACGUCCAAUAUGGAGCGCUAUUCCUUGUUACUGGUGGAUGCUACAGUGCAAUGCCUGUGGUUGUCUGUUGGUUCGCGAUGAACCUAGGUGGCCAUCGCCGGCGUAGUGUUGGAACUGCAUGGCAAGUUGGUUUUGGCAAUAUUGGCGGUAUCGUUGCUACGUAUUCAUUCCUCCCGAAAGAUGCAGCGACUUUCUGGAGAACCGGAUUCAGCAUCGGCGUGUCCUUCCUUGCGUUUUCUUGCGCACUCUGUAUCCUCUACUUUUACAGAGUGUGGCGCGAAAACCAAAAGAAGGACCGUAUCAUUGCCAGUGGUGACCCUAGCUAUCUUGAAGAGGACGACGAGGUUUUGGGAGAUUUGGCCACAAAGUUCCGUUACUCAUACUAG